UAAGCGAAUCACUUAAUGCCCCUGUCGCUAAGAAUUCUUCAAUUACUUACCAAAUUGAUUUCGGUUUUUUUGCAGCAAUACGGUGGUGCCACCCAUUUUGACGAAUCAGAACCUUGGAUGAUCGGUGCUGGUUCUGGAAUAGAUUUAUACCAGGUGGCAGCGCAUGAGUUUGGUCAUGCUCUUGGACUCAGUCAUUCUGACCGAAAGGAUGCUCUUAUGGCGCCCUUCUAUAAAAGAUCAUGGACGAACGAUCUCUACGAUGAUGAUAUACAGGGCAUCCAGAGAUUGUACGGUGGAAAAUCUGGGGGAACACCAGCAACACCACCCGAGGCACCAGCAGCACCACCACCAAAAACACCACCUCCACGCAGAAAUAGGCCAAGAUUGCCAGGGGUUCUUCCCUAG